GCCUUUUGUCUUUCUAUCUCUACAUCUCUCUCCUCCUCCUCCUCCUCCUCCUCUCUCUCUCUAUCUUAGAACGCGUUCUCAGUACGUUUUUGAUUGACGCCAUUGAAAUUGAGUUAAAUCGGUUUGAAUCGGAUUGAACAGAACCAUUAUCAUUUGUGUUUUUCGUUUCUGUGGAGAAAAGGGGGCAGGUUCGAGUUAUGCCCUCUAUUCAAAUCGUGCCUAUCCUCAGAUCUUAGACGAGAUUCAGCAUCUGGGUUUUCUUAACCUGAUUGAGGCAAGAAUGCAAUCCGACAAUGGAAAGCUGUUCAUCGGAGGGAUAUCUUGGGACACCAAUGAGGAACGUCUCAAGGAGUAUUUCAGCACCUUUGGUGAAGUCAUCGAAGCUGUGAUCUUGAAAGAUCGCACCACUGGUCGUGCACGUGGCUUCGGCUUUGUUGUCUUCGCUGAUCCAGCUGUUGCUGAGUUUGUUAUUACAGAGAAGCAUCAUAUCGAUGGAAGAUUGGUUGAAGCCAAGAAGGCUGUUCCUAGAGAUGACCAGAACAUGGUAACUAGAAGCAACAGCAGCAGCAUCCAAGGAUCACCUGGUCCAGGAGCUCGGACAAGGAAGAUAUUCGUCGGAGGGCUACCUUCCUCCGUCACAGAGAGCGAUUUCAAGACCUACUUUGAGCAGUUCGGGACAACAACAGACGUGGUUGUUAUGUACGACCACAACACACAAAGGCCUAGAGGUUUCGGAUUCAUAACUUACGACACCGAGGAGGCGGUUGAUAAAGUGCUGCUCAAGACGUUCCAUGAGCUCAACGGUAAAAUGGUUGAGGUUAAGAGGGCUGUGCCGAAGGAGAUGUCUCCAGGUCCAGCUCGUAGCCCUCUUGGUGCUGGCUACAGCUAUGGUGUUAAUAGGGUUAAUAACCUCUUGAAUGGAUAUGCUCAAGGGUUUAAUCCGGGUGCGGUUGGUGGCUACGGGCUUAGGAUGGAUGGCCGGUUUAGUCCGGUUGGUGCUGGGAGAAGCGGGUUUGCGAAUUUCGGUUCUGGCUAUGGGAUGAAUAUGAACUUUGAUCAGGGGUUGCCCACAGGGUUCACUGGAGGUAAUGGAAACUUAGACUAUGGGCGAGGGAUGAGUCCUUACUACAUUGGGAACACGAACCGGUUUGGUCCUGGUCCUGCUGUUGGUUGUGAAGGAGGCAGUGGAGGAGGAGGAGGAGGAGGAGGGAACUCGUCCUUCUUCAGUUCGGUUACAAGGAACCUAUGGGGAAACAACGGUGGUCUUAGCUAUAACAACAACAACAACAACGCUGCAAACUCAAACUCAAACUCCAAUACAUACAUGGGAGGAGGAGGAUCAACAAGUGGGAACAACAACACGCUUAGCGGCGGGCCGUUUGGAAACUGGGGUGCUCCUGGAGGUGGAGGUGGAGGAAACAAUGCUGUUGGUAACGAGAAUGCGAAGUUUGGUUAUGGAGGAAACGGUGAAUCUGGUUUUGGGUAUGCAGCAAGGAGCAUAGGGCCUAGCAAGGCAGCACCGUCGUCUUCCUUCUCUUCUGCCUCGGCGGGUUAUGAUGGAGCAGGACUUGCAGAGUUUUACGGAAAUGGUGCAGUGUAUAGUGAUCCCACUUGGAGAUCACCAACUCCUGAGGCAGAAGGGCCUGCUUCUUUUAGCUAUGGGAUUGGAGGAGGAGGAGGAGGAGGAGGUCCUUCUUCUGAUGUGUCAGCUAGAAGUUCAUCUCCAGGUUAUGUUGGCAGUUACAAGAGACAACCAAACAGAGGAAUUGCUACUUAGUACAUUCGUUUUUGUUUUACCACGAUAUAUUGUAGGCGAGGCUCCAUCAAGGUGAAGGAUCUGUUGUGUCUUUUGGCGAAUCUUUUAGAUUAUCUUUCAUACAAAGCAAAAGCCCAUGAGGACAAAAACUUGAUCAUAUCAUCAUCAGCUAGAGCUAACCAGAAAAAUCCCCUCAUGGUUUGGUUUUCUAAAUUCAUUGGUCCUCCUCUUAGGCUUCUUCUCUGCUUUUUCCUUUUUUUCCUAUUUUUGUUUUUUUCUUUCUUUAAAUGAGGGACAGUAGAAACUGGUGUCAAGUCUCUGGCGAGGCAGUAAUACAUAAGAAGAGUUCAAAUAAAAACCCAAAAAAGAAAAGAAAACAAUGAUCCUUCUUCCUUAGUUUUCUUUAUUGUCAUGUAAUGGUUCUUCUUCUUGUUCUUGGGGUUAUGUCUUUUAAGGUUUGGUGUUUUGAGGCA